AUGUCCGAGAGUAUGGACACGCAACCCCCUACGGGGGACGCUCACGGCAAUUACUCCCAAGGUAAGAGAAAUAAUUUUCCCGUCCGAAGGCCCAGAGGAUCCCGUGGUCGUGGAUCAAGGGGGAGACCCAAUGAACGGUCCACCGAUUGGCGCCAGAAGCAGAACCAAUCGACAGAGGCGCGACAGGCGGCGCUGCGGAAUUCACAUUUUGAUCAAUUCAAUCCAAAUUCAACAACAGACGAUGUAGUUCCCACAAUAGCCCGUAACACUGCACCACCAACCACUUCAUUCGAAUAUUCAUCUGUUCAAUUCUUAGGUAUGGCCACUUUAUUUGGUCGCCCAUUACCUAUCUCAACUCAGGCACUAGGAUUUAUUGUCAAUCAAUAUUAUAUAAAACUCCAAGAGCAACUAGGAGCUGAAAGAGUCGCAGAGAGGUGUACAAUACACCAGUUCUACCGCCACUCGCUGGCACAACUCUCUUACCAUCUUUACCGACUACGCAUCGAAGAAGUUCCGAGGUAUAGUUACCGGACGAAUCUUCCCGACCCACCUAUUGUUCAACCUACGGCGGUCGAAGCUUUUAAGACUCUAGAACUGAACGUAGGAUUUAUUAUAUCCUAUAUUCAACGUAUUGGUACUGUCAUAGCUCAUGACAUACCACAUGUUCCAAUGCUUAUGUUGGAUGAUUCUCCUUUCUAUGUUACGGUCUUCAAUUUGCGUACUGUCAUGGCAAGAGCCAACAGAGACCCAGACUUCUUUAACCAACUGGUCGAGCACAAUAUAUAA